GACGUUACUUCAUUUGCUCAAAAAAAAAACCAUACCUAGUCCAAUUUGGCAUUUAGAAACAAUUGCAAAAUAUAAAAACUAAAUAAAAAAUGGGUGUUUACGAUUUGUUAUUCAGGAGGACUUCCACAUUUGUAGCCACUAUUAUGGCCUCGACGUUCUUUUUCGAAAGAACGUUCGAAUUAGGUUCUGAAUACAUGUUCAACAAAGUUAAUGAAGGGAAACUGUGGGCGCACAUCAAACAUAAAUAUGAAUAAACAACAACUCAAAUUGGAUAAAGUAGAGUUUAUUAUAUAA